AUGGCGUGGAAACAAAAUGGGUGCAAGAAGAGAGGAAGAGGAACCGACAUUGGAGAACAACCAAAGGAAGAUCUAUUGGUAUAUCUGAGCAUUGAGAUAGAUAGGAGUAUCGAGCACAACAGGCCUGAUACGGUGAUCUGGGAUAAGGUAGCGAAGACUGCUCUGAUAAUAGAUUUCACAGUGCCUCAGGACUACAAUCUGGCUAGAGCCUAUGGAGAGAAGAUAACAAAGUACGAGAUGAGGGAUAUUUAUCAGCUGAGGAAGGUCGACAUAAUGCCUCUUAUAAUAUCUGUCAAUGGGCUGAUACCGAGAAAAACUACUGAACAUCUGAAAGAACUGAGCCUGCCCCAGAAUGCAAUUCUAUGGAUACAAAAGGCGGUAAUUCUGGGAACUGUUAACAUCAUCAGAAAAGUGUUGCACCCUCAUUAA